CAUUCACAGAAUACCGCAUUUGAACUUGCUCGUUUUCCACAUAACUCCCAAUUACAAGAAUAAAGUUGCAAAUAUUAUUAAUAUUAUUUCCUUCCGUAAAUUCCAUUUUUUUAACCUACAGUAAGUUUGGCUCUCAGCAGCUUUCAUUAUGGCAAAUACGGGAGUAUUGCCUUUUGUGCGUGGAGUGGAUUUUACAAAAAAUGACUUCAGUGAUAACAAUUUCCCGUCAGCUGUAAAAUUAAUGACUCGGGUACAAUGGCUGAAUUUGGAUAAAACCCAUUUAACCGAUGUUCCCGAAGAACUUGGGAACUUGCUGAAACUCGAGCACUUGAGUCUUAAAAACAACCAAUUAGAGAAAUUGUUCGGAGAGCUUACUGAACUAACUUGUUUGCGAUCCUUAAACUUGAGACGGAAUUGCAUUAAAAGCAGUGGUGUUCCGCCGGAAUUAUUCCACCUCGAAGAACUAACCACUCUAGAUUUGUCGCACAAUAAAUUGAAGGAGGUGCCUGAAGGACUAGAAAAGGCAAAGAGCCUCCUAGUAUUGAAUCUAAGUCACAAUAAUAUUGAAACUAUUCCCACCACGCUGUUUAUACAUCUAACCGAUCUUCUAUUUUUGGACUUAUCUCACAAUAAGUUGGAAACAUUGCCGCCGCAGACGAGGCGACUUGCCAAUUUACAGACCCUUAUUUUGGCCGACAAUCCCUUGGAACUUUUUCAGUUGAGGCAGUUGCCAUCUUUACAAAACCUCGAGGUGCUUAAUAUGCGAAAUACCCAACGCACACUUUCAAAUUUUCCUACCACAUUGGAUACCCUGUCGAAUUUGUCGGAGUUAGACCUGUCUCAGAACAGUCUUCCUAAAAUUCCUGAUUGUGUUUACAAUUUGCCAAACUUAAAAAGACUGAACCUUAGCGAAAACGCCAUAACUGAGAUAAGUUCUAAUAUAGAAAACUGGCAGCGUUUGGAAGUGCUCAACUUGUCGCGCAAUGAAUUGUCCAGUUUGCCAGCAUCCUUAUGCAAGCUUACACAACUGCGUAGAUUGUAUCUAAAUGAUAAUAAACUUGAUUUUGAGGGAAUACCAUCCGGUAUUGGAAAAUUGUGCUGUCUUGAAAUAUUUUCAGCUUCCAACAAUCUGCUGGAAAUGGUUCCCGAAGGAUUGUGUCGUUGUGGUUCUUUAAAACGUCUUAACCUUUCAUCGAAUCGUUUAAUAACAUUACCCGAUGCAAUACACCUGUUAGAUGGCCUUGAUCAGUUAGAUUUACGCAAUAAUCCUGAUCUAAUCAUGCCACCAAAGCCAACUGAAGCUACAAAGGGCGCGGGCGUUGAGUUUUAUAACAUCGAUUUCUCUUUGCAAACACAACUACGACUUGCCGGAGCUGCGGUACCGCCAACUGUUCCGGUUACGUCGACGCCAAAGGACUCGACAGCUCGCAAAAUUCGAUUACGCCGCGGUCCACGCACUGAUUCCGCACAGGAUUCUGCAAAAAUACUGAAAGGCAUGAAAGAUGUAGCAAAAGAUAAGGACGAUGCAGAGGCUAAUCAGUCCUGGUGCAACGAUUCAGAUGAAACUCGCCCAGAAUCAUUAAAGCCAAAACGAUGGGAUGAAUCACUGGAAAAGCCACAGCUAGACUAUUCAAAGUUCUUUGAAAAGGAAGAUGGUCAGUUACCUGGUUUGACAAUAUGGGAAAUAGAGAAUUUCCUCCCAAAUAAAAUUGAAGAAGCUGCUCAUGGAAAGUUCUAUGAAGGAGAUUGUUAUAUUGUUCUAAAGUCAAGUUAUGAUGAUGUGGGUCAGCUCAACUGGGAAAUUUAUUUCUGGAUUGGAAAUGAAGCUACGUUGGAUAAGAGAGCUUGCGCUGCCAUACAUGCUGUAAAUUUAAGAAAUUUUCUGGGUGCUCGAUGUCGUACGAUUCGAGAGGAACAGGGUGACGAAUCUGAGGAAUUCCUUGAUCUCUUCGACACUUCCGUAACCUAUAUUGAGGGUGGGCGCACUGCCACUGGAUUCUAUACGGUUGAAGAUAUGCUAUACACCAUUCGGUUGUAUCGGGUUCACGCAGCUGGUUCAUCGAUACACAUGGAACCUGUUGCAGUCGGUAUAGAAUCAUUGGAUCCAAGAUAUUCUUUUCUUCUCGAUUGUGGCAUAAAAAUGUUUAUUUGGUUGGGAAGAUGCUCCAAAAACACGCUCAACUCAAAAACACGUCUGAUGGCGGAGAAAAUUAAUAAAACCGAAAGAAAGAAUAAAUGUGAGAUUAUGGUGGAAAUGCAAGGUAGCGAAAGUGAGGAGCUUUGGCGUCAUUUAAAUGCUGAUCCGGAGGAGGCACCGAAACAAAAAAUUCUUCAACAUGUCCAAGACAACUUUGUGCCUUCAACACCUAGGCUUUAUCAAGUACAAUUGGGUAUGGGUUACUUGGAGCUGCCACAAGUGGAAAUUCCGGAGCAAAAGCUUGUCUGUUCUUUGCUGGUCAGCAAAAAUGUUUACAUUCUCGAUUGUUUUACUGAUCUAUUUGUGUGGUUUGGAAAGAAAUCGACUCGUCUCGUAAGAGCUGCAGCAAUCAAACUGUCCCGAGAACUGUUCAACAUGAUAUCCAGACCAACAUAUUCCUUGGUAACUCGUUUACAAGAAGGUUCCGAAACGCAAAUGUUUAAAUCGAAAUUUAUUGGUUGGGAUGAGGUCAUGGCUGUGGACUUUACAAGAACUGCAAAUUCUGUUGCUAAGACUGGGGCCGACCUUACCAAGUGGGCUAAACAACAAGAAACACGAGCAGAUCUUGCGGCACUAUUCAUGCCACGACAAAAUCCUAUGCCUUUAAGUGAGGCCGAACAAUUAGAAGAAGAUUGGAACUACGAUCUGGAAGCCAUGGAGGCUUUUGUAUUGGAGGGGAAAAAAUUUGUACGCCUACCGGAGGAAGAAUUGGGUCACUUCUACACUGGAGAGUGUUAUGUGUUCUUGUGCCGUUACUGCAUACCCAUGGACGAAGAUGAGGACGGCACCGACAUUGACGAUAGCAAACCUCCGCCGGAUGAUGAAAUUCAAUGUAUUGUAUACUUUUGGCAAGGUCGUAAUGCUGGAAACAUGGGCUGGCUGACAUUCACAUUUACGUUACAAAAAAAGUUCAAAACAAUGUUCGGCGAAGAGCUGGAGGUUGUGCGUAUCCAUCAGCAACAGGAAAAUUUGAAAUUUCUUGCGCAUUUCAAGCGAAAGUUCAUUAUACAUACUGGAAAGCGUAAAGAUAGACAGAAAUCUCCCGAUAGUAAAUCAGCAGUAGAAUUUUUCCAUUUGCGUUCUAAUGGUGGCGCACUUACAACUCGCUUGAUACAAAUACAUCCGGAUGCAGCAUACUUGAAUUCAGCAUUUUGUUACAUUUUAUAUGUACCAUUCGAAACCAGUGAUAAUUCACAAUCGGGAAUUGUUUAUGUUUGGCUUGGUUCCAAAUGUUGUCCAGAGGAGGCAAAGUUAAUUCAAGAAAUUGCCGAGGAUAUGUUUAACAGUCCUUGGGUCAGUUUACAAAUUUUGAAUGAAGGAGAAGAGCCCGAAAACUUUUUCUGGGUGGCAUUGGGAGGACGUAAGCCAUACGAUACUAAUGCCGAUUACAUGAACUACACCCGACUGUUCAGAUGCUCAAACGAAAAGGGUUACUUCACUGUAGCCGAGAAAUGUACGGACUUCUGUCAAGAUGACUUAGCAGAUGAUGAUAUAAUGAUAUUGGAUAAUGGCGAGCAAGUAUUUUUGUGGCUGGGAUCACGAUGCAGUGAAGUUGAAAUUAAACUUGCCUAUAAAUCUGCACAAGUUUACAUACAACACAUGCGAAUUAAACAGCCGGAUCGCCCUCGUAAAUUAUUUUUAACUCUUAAAAAUAAGGAAUCAAAACGAUUUACAAAAUGUUUCCACGGAUGGGGAAUCCACAAAUCACCUCCCGAAUAGACAGGAUGUAAUUUAAUACUGAUUCAACAUUAAUACUGCACAUAAUAUAAUUAAACUAAUAUCUUUUAUUCACGUGUCCGCUUAAAAAGUAUUUAUUAUUUAUGUCAAUCCUGUAAUACUUUAUUAAACUCUAACUUUUUUAUUGUUCAGUUCAGUCUCAAUUUUAUGCUUAUUUCAUAACAAUUUCAUGCAAUAAAUUAUAUUUUAAUAUCCAGAUAAAUUAUAAA